CUUUUCUGACAUAUAUUUCUUAAAUUUCACAUAUCCAACCACACACAAAUUUAUACUACAUCUUAUCUGCCCACUCUUCAACCAACAUCAUCUCCUCUUCUCUUUGGUUGCAUAUGGUUUUGGUCAUAACUUCAUAUACAUAUUCUUAGCACAAAAAGAGCCAAAAAAAAAAACAUUCAUGAGAACAUUCAAAAGCUUAUUGACCUUGUUAUAUUGCAUUGCCAUUCUUGCUUUACUUCCAUUUUUAGCAACAUCAUCAACAAGAACACAAGCAGAAGCUCUUGUCAGAUGGAAAAACACAUUAUCAUCAUCUUCAUCAACAUUUUUGGAUUCAUGGUCUGCAAAAAACAUACAAAAUCUUUGUAAGUGGGAUGGCAUUGUAUGCAAUGAAGGUGGUCAAGUUUCCAAGAUUAGUCUCCAAGAUUCAUCACUUUCUGGUACAUUAACAGAAUUUGAGUUUUUUACAUUUCCAAAUCUUACACAUAUUGAUUUAAGCAGUAAUGAGUUUAGUGGUGUGAUUCCAUCCACUAUUGGCAACCUUUCUAGUCUCAUUUUUUUGGACUUGAGCUCGAACCUUCUCGAAAAUGAAAUCCCAUCAGAGAUUGGAAGAUUAAGACAAUUAAGAUAUCUUAAUCUUAAUAAUAAUAGUCUUAAUGGUGCUAUUCCAUUUCAACUUAGUACUCUUAAGAAGUUAUGGUACUUGGAUCUUGGAGGUAAUUACUUGACUACUCCAGACUGGUCUAGCUUUUCGAGUAUGCCAUCGUUAAGUUUUCUUAACUUGUAUCUUAAUGAACUCGCGAAUGGUUUUCCUGAUUUCGUUCUCAAUUGCAAGAAGUUGACUUUCCUCGAUUUGUCGGUAAACCAAUUCAAUGGCUCAUUACCUGUAUCAUUGUUCACAAAUUUGGCCAAUCUAGAAUACCUUAAUCUCACAGAUAACUUGUUUGAAGGUCAACUGUCUAGAAGCUUUUACAAUCUGACAAAGUUAAAAGAUCUUAGACUAGGAACGAACCAAUUUUCAGGACUAGUUUUGCAAGACCUUAAUUUAUUGCCAGAUCUUGAAAUUAUUGAAUUAUUUGAAAAUUCAUUUAUAGGAGAGAUCCCUUCUUCUAUAGGUCAGCUUCGAAAUCUUUCACGCCUUGAUCUCCACUCGAAUCAGCUCAAUUCUUCUAUCCCUUCUGAGCUUGGAUUAUGUACUCAUCUUACCUUCUUGGCACUUGCUGGAAACUCGUUUUCCGGUGUAUUGCCAUUGUCUUUGUCAAACCUUACUAGGAUUUCUGAUCUUGGUAUUUCGGAAAACAACUUUUCUGGUGAAAUAUCUUCUGAUUUCAUCACGAAUUGGACCGAAUUAGUGUCUUUUCAGGUUCAAAACAAUUUUUUCACUGGAAAGAUCCCACCAGAGAUUGGUCUUUUAUCAAAUCUUACUAUUCUGUUUCUGUACAACAAUAGUUUCACAGGCUCCAUUCCAUUGGAAGUUGGAAACUUGGAAAAACUUCUAAGUUUGGAUCUUUCUGACAAUCAGAUUUCAGGCUCAAUACCUUCUACAAUUGGAAACUUGGUUAACCUUCAAGCAUUGCAGCUAUUCUCCAAUAAUCUUAGUGGAACUAUUCCACCCGAGAUUGGAAAAUUGACUGAAUUGACUAAACUUGACAUCAACACAAACCGGUUGAGUGGAGAGCUGCCUGAUACUAUCUCCAAACUUUCUAACUUGGUACUUCUUUCGGUCUUUAGCAACGGUUUCACAGGUAGUAUCCCUGCAGACUUGGGCAAGAACAGUCCUUCUCUAACAAAUGUCAGCUUUUCAAACAACAGUUUCUCAGGAAAAUUACCUUCCAAACUGUGCAGCGGUUUUCAGUUUGAUCAGUUUACUGUUAACGGAAACAACUUCAUAGGGUUAUUACCAGAUUGCUUAAAAAACUGCACAAACCUCGGUCGGAUAAGGCUGGAUGGAAACCAGUUCUCUGGAGACAUAUCACAAACCUUUGGUGACCACCCUAAUCUCACAUACAUCAACCUCAGUGGCAAUCAGUUCACGGGAGAAAUCAGUCCCCGAUUUGGUAAGUUGCAAAAUCUAACCAACCUGCAAAUAGAGCGGAACAGAAUUUCAGGGAAAAUUCCACCCGAAAUUGGAGACUUGCAUCAGUUAAGUGUUCUACGACUUGAAAGGAACCAACUUACUGGCGAAAUCCCAAGUGAAAUAGGCAAGUUAAACAAUCUGUUUUACCUCAAUCUCACCGAUAAUCAGUUAAGCGGACAGAUCCCUCCAAGUUUAGGCAACUUAACCAGUCUCCAAGUUCUUGAUCUGUCGGCGAAUGAUCUAAAUGGAAGCAUACCAACAACGAUAGGAAACUGUGCAAGAUUAUUAAGCUUAAACUUAAGCAACAAUGAUUUAUCAGGAGAAGUACCAUCUCAACUCGGAAACUUGGGUCAGUUACAGGUUAUGUUAGAUCUAAGCAGCAAUUCGUUCACGGGUAGAAUACCUCAAGAUUUGUCAAAACUUGACACACUCCAGAACCUCAACCUCUCACACAACAAUCUCUCAGGUCAAAUCCCUCAAGGACUAGCAACAGAAAUGAUUAGUCUACAAUCUAUCGAUCUCUCGUACAACAACCUGUCAGGAUCUAUACCGGAUGUUGGUAUAUUCAAAGAAGCACCAGCAGCAUCCUUUACAGGAAAUCCAAAUCUAUGUGGUUCCAAAAAAGGACUAGUUUCUUGCAAUGGGAAUGUUGCACCAAAGAAUUCUAGAAACAAUGAGCUGAUUAUCGCGAUCGUUGUGUCUGCAAUAUCUAUUGUUUUGAUUGGAACAAUUAUUGCUAUCUUCUGCAUAUGCACAAGAAAGAGACCAAGCCCUAUCAAUGAAGAAAUCAUAAGUUCAACCACAAUGGGAGGCUCGGAAUUAGUAAUAUGGGAACGCGAGGGUAAAUUUACCUUCGGGGACAUCGUGAAAGCCACCGGAAACUUCAAUGAGACCUAUUGUAUAGGAAAAGGAGGUUUUGGAAGUGUAUACAAAGCAAAACUAACAACUGACCAGAUCGUGGCUGUUAAACGGAUGAAUGUAUUAGAUUCAGGGGACGUUCCGGCCACAAACAAGCAGAGUUUUGAGAACGAAAUACGUGUGCUAACAGAAAUCCGGCACCGGAAUAUUAUCAAACUUCAUGGCUACUUCGGUCACAAGGAAGGGAAGAAGCAUUUGGUGUAUGAAUAUAUGGAGAAAGGUAGUUUGGGGAAAAUGCUUUAUAGUGAAAAGGCAAAAUCAGAAUUAGACUGGAGUACGAGGGUUAAUAUCGUCCAAGGUCUCGCACACGCAUUAGCCUACUUACACCAUGACUGCAUUCCGUCCAUUGUGCAUAGAGACAUUUCGAUAAACAAUAUCUUACUUGAAUCUGAUAUGGUUCCUAAGUUGUCAGAUUUUGGGACAGCCAAAUUGUUGAGCCCGGACUCCAUUAACUGGACCGGAGUUGCAGGAUCCUACGGCUAUAUGGCACCAGAACUUGCAUUCACAAUGAGGGUAACAGAGAAAUGUGACGUCUACAGCUUUGGUGUCGUAACGUUUGAGAUUAUGAUGGGAAAACAUCCUGGGGAGCUUUUGUCGUCUUUACAAUCAUCAAAUGCAACUUUGUCAGCUUCUCUAGAUGAUUCGGUUCUAUUGUUAAAAGAUAUCCUUGACCAGAGGCUUUUGCCUCCAAGGGACAAUGUUGUUGAGCAAGUGGUGCUUACACUUAAUGUGGCUCUAGCUUGUAUCCGUGAAUCACCCGAGUCAAGACCUUCAAUGCGUGCUGUUGUGCAAGAACUAUCAGCAAGUACUCAGCCUCAUUUAACUGUGUCACUGAGUCAGAUUAGAAUAGAUGAAUUAUCAAGUUUCCACAAAUAGAAAAAAAAAAUGGCAAGUUACCUUAUUGUACAGAAUAGGUGAAUAAGUAGCUGAAGUCAAAGUGGUUACUAGCUUCUUUGUUUUCGCUUUUUGACAAAAUAUAUGAGAAUUGAUGUUCUAACACUUGACAUCUCAUUGUAUACGGAAAAAUUAUGAUUGUUUUAGCACAAAGAAAAAAAAAUACUUUUUUUCUUUUUUUUU